CUCAGGCAUUCAAGGCUAGUCAGGGGCUCGUCAGCGCCACCGCUUUCAGCCUACCCCGGAUCGGUCGUCCGUUGUGGUCGCUUGUUUCCAGUCCAACAGGGGAAGGGGACUUGACAAAAAAAUCCUCUGUGUAGACUACAACAUUCUGUUUCUUUCUUAUUUCUUUCAUCCGAGUUUAUUAUCCAGUCUCCUAUCGUCUCUCCCUCUCCUGCGUCCUCUCUUCGAUGCGCUCGUCCGCUCCUGGCGAUACUUCGAUCACUACGCCAAGCUUUCGACGUCAUUGAUCUUCCUCGGCAGGAAACCCCCUACCCCCAGCGUCAGGCGCACCCAGCGAUCGCAUAGGGUGGAGUUCAUAUAUUCUUCUGCCAUAGACAGACUCUUCUGGCGACCGGGAUUUGAGAAAAACACACUUCUCCCCGUCCGUACAACAGAGGGAUAGGCGGUUUUCCCGGUGGCGGGACACACACAAAAAACCAUGGGAGAGAAUACGCGAAAGUCGAGGUUUCCUUACCACAUCACAUCUGUUUUUCUGUUGAUGAUACAGUAUGCAGUCUCCGUCGUGCUGCUUCAUUAUUCACGGGUAAUGCCAGCUGUUGGUGGGAAACGAUAUGUGACUUCCACGGCGGUAUUCCUGACUGAGGCGAUCAAGUUGGCCAUCUCUUUGACAGUGGCCUUGUAUGAGGUUUCCAAGAAAGUUCCACCAUCGAUGCCCGCCACGUCCCUGUUUUUCUCGUUGACAAAUGCUGUAUUUUCGGGUGACAGCUGGAAACUUGCGUUGCCGGCAGUCCUUUUCACGCUGGCUAAUUCGCUUCAAUAUCUAGCACUGUCCAAUGCGGUGCCUGCCACCUUCCAAAUCACGUAUCAGAUCAAGCUGCUCUUCGCCGCUGUCUCUGGCUUCUUGAUACUGCGUCGGAGUAUUCCCAUGCGCAACUGGGGGCUGCUUCUAUUCCUCGCGAUCGGCGUCGCCCUGCUUCAGUUGCCGGGACAGGAAAGCGACCAGCUUGUCGCUCGGGAUGAUCAUCUGCACUUUCCCCGAUACCUGGAAGAAUGGAAACAACGAACCGCGGCUGGCGCGGGAAAAUUCCAGAAACGAUCUGCGAGCUAUGAAGGAAUCGAAGAGGAUAUGUUGCUCGAACACCCUCCUCUGAACUCUAGCAUUGGGCUGUUUGCGACCCUCGGUGCAUCUGUUGCCUCGGCACUGGCAACGACCUAUCUCGAAAGAGUAAUCAGGGAUAGUUCCACACAGAGGUCAUUAUGGAUGCGGAAUGUACAGCUGGCUCUGUAUUCCGUUUUCCCGGCCUUGUUCAUCGGCGUUAUCUUCCUCGACGGCGAGACGAUCGCGAACCAGGGGUUUUUCGGUGGUUACAAUUGGGUUGUAUGGACUCUGAUUGCCGUUCAGACAAUCGGCGGUAUUGGUGCUGCUUUCACCAUCGCGCAUACGGAUAAGACUGCGAAAACUAUGGCCACUGGUUUGAGUAUUAUUUUGAGCACAAUUGUCAGUUUGUCUGUGUUCGACUUGGAGUUAUCAGCAAACUUCUUUAUGGGUGCAGCGGUAGUUUUGGUUGCCACAUUCCUCUACAGCAGCCAGCCAUCCAGUAUUCCUAUCAAAAUGCGACCGCCUCCAAUUCGCAUUGAAACCUAUGAAAAGGGAGAAGACGGGUCGCAGCUGGUGUCUGCGCCAAACGACUUCUCCAUCAAACUGCCAACCACCCCAUUGCUGUCUGCUGCCGGGUUGUCUACGUCGCGCCCAGCGUCUCCAAGCUAUUCGAGGGUCAAAUCAAGCGAGAAUGCGCCGAGUGGUUAUUUUCCCAAGUUAGAAGAGUAAGAUGAACAGCAUAGGACGCGCAUCGUCUGCUUGCUUGGUGUUGGUAUUAGAAGGAUCAGAGAUAAAAGGAGUGUAUGUUAGUAUUUGAGGGCUUAUCGGACAAACACGUUUUGCUUUUGGCACCAGUCAUAGAUAGCAUGGGAUGGAUUGGAUGGAUUACUGGGGGGAGCUCGUUUUUGAUGCAUAAUAUACCACGAUUUAUGACAGCUUUGCUUUUGUGCUAGUCUAUUUGCUAGAGAAUUACAGAAUGUUUUCUCUUUA